GAAUUAAAUUUUUAUUUUUAUUUUUAUAUAGAUAAUAGACCUGAAUUAAUUAAGCUUAAGGCUCAUUUGGGAUUGCAAUUUUUUUGAAAAAUAUUUAAAAUUGUGAAUACGAAAAAAUAAUUUAUUUUUUAAAAUUACGUUGUUAGUGUCGUUAAUCCAAUCUCCCCGCUAGUCUGUCCUCCAAAUCCCGGUGCGCAUGUUAAGCCAAGUACGCACCAGGCUCAACGAAGCACUUGGAAGAGUCAACUAUAUAAGUAGCACUGAAACUAGAGCGCAAUUGCAAAAAGCCGUUGAAGCGGGGGUAUAGCAAUGGAGGACGACGGAGGAGAGAGAUCAAGCUUCGUGAUAGGUCUGAUCGAGAACAGAGCUAAAGAGGUUGGAGUUGCUGCUUUCGACUUAAGGUCAGCUUCACUGCAUCUUUCCCAAUAUAUUGAAACUAGCAGUUCAUAUCAGAAUACAAAAACUUUGCUGCAUUUCUAUGAUCCCACGGUGAUCAUUGUUACUCCAAACAAGCUGGCACCAGAAGGUAUGGUUGGAGUUUCGGAGUUGGUGGAUAGAUUUUGCACUACAGUCAAGAAGGUUGUAAUGGCCCGUGGUUGCUUCAAUGAUACCAAGGGUGCUGUGCUGAUUAAAAAUCUAUCAGCCAAGGAGCCUUCUGCACUUGGUUUGGAUACUUAUUACAAGCAGUAUUACCUCUGCUUGGCAGCUGCUGCAGCUACUAUUAAGUGGACAGAAGCAGAAAAAGGGGUCAUUGUUACAAGCCACUCCUUGUUGGUUACUUUUAAUGGAUCAUUUGACCACAUGAGCAUUGAUGCUACCAGCAUCCAAAAUUUGGAAAUUAUUGAGCCACUUCAUUCAAGCCUUUGGGGAACAAGUAACAAAAAGAGAAGUUUGUUCCACAUGCUUAAGACAACUAAAACUAUUGGAGGGACUAGACUUCUCCGUGCCAAUAUUUUGCAGCCUUUAAAAGAUAUUGAGACAAUCAAUGCUCGCCUUGAUUGCCUGGAUGAGCUGAUGAGGAAUGAACAGCUGUGUUUUGGACUCUCCCAGGUUCUGCGUAAAUUUCCAAAAGAGACUGAUAGAGUACUGUGUCACUUCUGCUUUAAGCCAGAGAAAGUUACAAACGAAGUCUUGGGCGUUGAUUAUGCUAGAAAGAGCCAAAUGUUAAUCUCAAGCAUUAUUCUCCUUAAAACUGCUUUGGAUGCACUACCCUUACUCUCAAAGGUGCUUAAGGAUGCAAAAAGUUUUCUUCUUGCAAACAUUUACAAGUCUGUAUGUGAAAAUGAGAAAUAUGCAUCCAUUAGAAAAAGGAUUGGAGAGGUGAUUGAUGAAGACGUUCUUCAUGCACGGGUUCCUUUCGUUGCCCGCACACAGCAGUGUUUUGCUGUCAAGGCUGGAAUUGAUGGACUUUUGGAUAUAGCAAGGAGGUCCUUUUGUGAUACUAGUGAAGCCAUACAUAAUCUUGCAAACAAGUAUCGUGAAGAUUUCAAAUUGCCCAAUUUGAAACUCCCAUUUAACAAUAGGCAAGGGUUUUACUUUAGCAUACCACGGAAGGAUAUUCAGGGAAAGCUUCCUAGCAAUUUCAUUCAGGUCUUGAAACAUGGGAACAAUAUGCAUUGCUCAACUCUGGAACUUGCUUCUUUAAAUAUUCGAAACAAGUCUGCAGCUGCGGAGUGCUAUAUACGAACUGAAGUUUGCCUGGAAGCACUUUUAGAUGCCAUACGGGAGGAUGUCUCUGUGCUCACUCUGCUUGCGGAGGUCUUAUGCCUUUUGGAUAUGAUUGUCAAUUCAUUUGCUCAUACAAUAUCCACUAAGCCUGUUGAUCGAUAUACCAGACCAGAAUUUACGGAUAAUGGCCCAAUGGCUAUUGAUGGUGGAAGGCACCCCAUCCUGGAAAGCAUACACAAUGACAUUGUCCCCAACAAUCUCUUUCUCUCAGAAGCAUCAAAUAUGGUGAUUGUCACGGGGCCAAACAUGAGUGGAAAAAGCACUUAUCUUCAACAAGUGUGUCUUAUAGUUAUUCUUGCUCAAAUCGGUUGCUAUGUUCCUGCUUGCUUCUCAACUUUACGGGCAAUCGAUCGUAUAUUUACAAGGAUGGGUACAGUGGAUAAUCUUGAAUCGAACUCCAGUACGUUCAUGACAGAGAUGAAAGAGACAGCUUUUGUUAUGCAAAAUGUCUCCAAAAGGAGUCUGAUUAUUAUGGAUGAGCUUGGGAGGGCUACGUCUUCCUCUGAUGGUUUUGCAAUUGCAUGGAGCUGCUGCGAAUAUCUGUUAUCUCUGAAAGCGUAUAUUAUAUUUUCUACUCAUAUGGAGAAUCUGUCUGAAUUAGCACCCAUCUAUCCAAAUGUGAAAAUUCUUCACUUUCAUGUUGACAUAAAAAACAGCCGCCUAGAUUUCAAGUUUCAACUUAAGGAUGGUCCAAGACAUGUACCACACUAUGGCCUAUUGUUAGCAGAAGUGGCAGGUUUACCGAGCUCAGUGAUUGAAACAGCCAGAAGCAUCACAUCCAGGAUGGCGGGAAAGGAAAUGAAGAGGAUGGAAGUAAACUACCUGCAGUGUCACCCAAUCCAGAUGGCUUACUAUGUUGCUCAACGACUGAUAUCUUUGAAGUAUUCCAACCAAGAUGAGGAUUCAAUCCGUCAAGCAUUACGGGAUCUUAAAGAGCAGUAUAUUGAUGGAAGGCUCUAGAGAGCUUGGGUGUAACACACUUCCAUGCUUGUUUCUUUUCUUCUUCUUCUUUUUUAGCUAUAGAAUAAAUGUAACUACUUUCUGGCGUAAAGGCGAAUGAUCAUGAUCUCUACGGAUUAGCUGAAAGGCAGAACGUGUUGAUUCAAUUUUCUUUAGAUGAAGUAUGAUAUCCAAAAGAAAACUAUACCCCUAAAAAAUAAAAUACAAAACUGAAACAACAAAAAGAAAAAAGCAUGAGCAACAAAAGUAACUACAUUAAGAGGGGACUCAAGUUUUCCCAUGGGUUAAUGCUCCCAGUCACAAAGCGGAAAGCAAGUUGAUAUACAUAUUCCUUUUCUUCGGUGCCUAAUUGAUAUGGUCUUAGCCUGUUGAGCACUCCCUGGUGGAUGGGCACUUUCUCGAUUUUUGUUGGGCACCAGACACUCUCAAGGCGGGGCCGGUUCCAUAUAUUGUGAAGGCGAAGGCAACAAUUUAAAAUGAGGCAUUUUUAUUUUUAAAUAUUAAAUAAUUACUAUUUUUCUAAUUUUUAUUUUCCUUUCAUCUAUUUGAUGCAUUGUUGCUAGUCCCUUCCCUCCCCA